GUAUGAACUGAAAAAAAAAGUUGCCAACGACUUCUAUUAAUAAUUCAAUGUCAUUCAAUUAAACACGUUUAAUGAUUCCUUCAAUUCAAAUAUUUCUGUAUUUAAUAUACAUAAGUAAUAUCAACAAAACGAACACUUUUUUUAAAUUAACAAAUAUUUGCUUGAUAGAGUGAUCACGCCGUGUUUAAUCAAAUAUUUCUUUAAAUCACUAGAUUUAUUUUUCAAUAGUAGAAAUAACAUGUGUCUGCAUGUCUGAAUAUGCGAUUGUAAACUAAGAAAAAAAAAAAAAGAAGAAAAAGAACGUAAAGGAAUUAUCGAUACAUAUGCCAUUAGCAAACCGGUGUUAAAAAUCGGAAUGAUGCGUCGAGUAAAUAUUGUUCACAUUGUAGCUUCAACGAGAUGCACAGGUAGCUGCGUCUACGCGGAACGGUAAAUUUUGUUACGCAAUUCACGACGAGCAAUUUGCAAGACGAGUGCAAAAGUGGAUGACGAUACUCGCACGCAAUUGGACUAGAUUGCGACGAUUAAUAAUAACGAUUAAUAAUUGGCUAAUUGCCGUGCCGCGCCCAGGUCGGCGCGGGGGAUGCCGCAGGGAAUCGUCGCCGUCAGUCGACGUCCACGUCCACGGCUGCGAUGAGGCGCACACUUUCAGUAGUUUUCCUUUACCUGUGUUGGAAUUCUCUCCCGGAAGUAUGCUCCUCGAGUUUGUUCAGCGAGGAUGUCAACAAUUGCACUAUGACGACGAGGCUAAUUCUGCCAGAGCAUUAUGUCAAAGAGAUUAGACCGCCGCCGGGUGCACCUGUGAUAGUGAAUUUCAACAUCUUGGUGGUCGAUAUUAAUUCUAUCAACGUUGAAGACAUGGAUUUUCGCGUGGACAUGUUCGUCAGUCAAAGUUGGAUAGAAUCUCGAUUGAAUACGCCUCAAGAUAUUUUCGAGGAAGACGACGACUAUGUCAUACUCCCACCGGAGUUUUUCGAUAAUCUUUGGCAACCAGAUCCGUAUUUUUUAAAUUCGAAAGUUUCCGAGAUUGCGACUUUAAGCCACAAAUUCUCAUUGGUCACGUUAUAUCGGAAUAAAACUAUUAAAUAUUCUGCUCGAAUUAACGCUAUUGUCGCCUGUCAAAUGGAAUUUCAAUUGUAUCCAAUGGACAUUCAGAUCUGUCCAAUUUAUAUAGAGAGCUUUUCUUACAACAGGAAGAAGUUGCGCUUAAAAUGGGGAGCAGGCGGUGUUACGGUAAAUCCCGAAUUGAAGCUUUUGCAAUAUGAUAUCGGAAAGCCAGCGGUAUUCGAAGAAUCCAUAGAUUACAUGCUUGAAAAAAAUGGAAAUUUCUCACGGCUGGUAGUUUUCUUUCGCUUCGAGAGACAGAUCGGUCACCACUUGAUACAAACGUUCGCCCCGUCGACGCUGGUGGUGAUGCUCUCGUGGUUCAGCUUCUGGCUAGAUUUGGACGCGAUUCCUGGUCGAGUGGCUCUUCUGGUGACGAGUAUGCUUACGCUGGUGACAAUGUUCACCGGUCUUAAGAGCGAUAUCCCGCCAGUGGCAUAUAUCAAGGCACUGGAUAUCUGGAUGGCUGGUUGUAUGAUGUUCGUGUUCGCAGCUUUGGGCGAAUUCGUCGUAGUCAAGGUGCUCGACCUGCGACACGUCAAAAAUGAUUCGCAAAGUUCUACGGAACCUCGCUCAUUCUCGCGAUUAAUGGCAAUGGUAAAGAGACAAAGCAUUUGGGACGAUAAGUUUAUUCAUGCGACCAAACCAAAGAAUAAACAUACCAGUAAUAAUCUAUUAUCAACUUUGUGGGUAGAUCCUGAAUGUCAGAUAAUGCAAACGCACAAAACACGUUCUCAGAAGAUAGAUUGCUACAGCAGAAUUGUUUUUCCUAUAAUCUUCUUACUCUUCGUCGUUCUAUAUUGGCCGAUAAUAUUGCUUAAAAGCGCCAUAACAAAAGCGUCGUAACAAAACGAAUUCUGGCUAAUCAUUCUUUUCAUAGAAUUAGAAUUUGUAAAUAAGUUAAAAUCAUUAUUUGCGUAUGUCAACUGAAAAUUAAGUUAAAAAUGAAAUAUAUUUUUUUCCAAUUUGUCUAUUUUUUUAUACCUUUAUU